AUGGAGGGUUUCUUGGACCUUAAGUUGAGACUAUGGAUUAGAAACCUGAUGACAAGGUGCAUUGCCAUUGCACCUAGUCUUAUUGUUACCAUUAUUGGAGGAUCUAAAGGUGCAGCCCAACUUAUCAUCAUCACAACGAUGGUACUUUCAUUUGAGCUUCCAUUUGCUCUAAUCCCUCUCCUUAAAUUCAGUAACAGUAACCCCAAGAUGGGACCACACAAGAAUUCAAUCUAUAUUAUGGUGAUCGCGUGGACCCUUGGUGUGGCAUUGACUGGCUUUAACAUGUACUACCUGAUUACAGCCUUUGUGGGUUGGCUAAUUCACAACAAAUUACCCAAGAUUGCAAAUGUGUUUGUUGGGAUCAUAGUGUUUCCCCUAAUACUCGUUUACGUCUUAGCAAUCUUGUACCUUACCUUUCGAAAAGACACUGCUGUAACAUUUACUGAGCCCAUAACGCCUGACCAACCAAUGGCCCAAAACAACAUAGAACAAGGGCUUAGCAAUUCUUAUGAGGUGGUCGAGGCUGAUCACAUUCCUUAUAGUGAGGAUUUGGUUGUUAUCCCACUACCAGAGUAAGGCGUUUUUCUACAUCAAAUUCAAAUGCAACAAGUGCCAAGGUGUUUCAUUAGUGGGAGGGAGCUCCCAAGUUAAAUGAGACAUGAACUUUCUUCAACUUCAUCUAAGGCUUUCUUCUUAUGUAAGUGUAAUUGAACUGCCUAUGGUAGUUUCCACUGCACCUUUGUAAAUUUAUGUUAAACUUCUAAGUUUGUCAU